CGCCAUUGGGCUGUUCACAACGGAGAGGCAAGCAUCAGGCAGCAAGAAGACCACUGGUGAGCACACUAUCACAGAUCUUCCGGAAAAACGAAUGCAAAAGAUGACAUGAUGAAUCCCUCCCUUACAGCUGUGUGUGUUUGUUGUCUGCAGAGGAUGGCACCAGGUGGCCGCAGGCUGGUCGGCCUCACUGUGUGGGGCGACGGGAAGGUCGACGAGUCCCUCGACAGGCCGGGGGAGCUGUCGUUCGACGUCAUCGGCGCAGGCCCCGACGGGCGGCCGAUGGAGGUGCUGCUGGGCGAUGAUGACAAAGGGGUCCGCUUCUUCGACUUGAGCACCAACCCGCCCAAGCUGCUGCCCAUCGGAGAGCGGCCUCGAAACCGGUGAGAAGCAAACUCUGUCACUCACACCAUCGCUGUGGAUGGCCUGUGUGUGUGUUUGUCAGGGUCGGCAAUGAGCGGGUCGUCGGCAAGACGCGUCUGGGCGACGGCUUCGUGUACGAGGACACUUCCGUCCUGGCGGGUCAGUUCUACACCAAGGAGGGCGGCCAGCGGCGCUACUUCGACCUGCUGCCGCCUGGACGGCUCCCUGGCCAACAGCCCGCCGUGGACCAAACGUGAGAGCCGACACCGUCACGACAACCGUUGUGCGUGAAGAUGCUGCUCUCCCUCUCUCUCUGUCUGUGUGUGUGUGUGUGUGUGUUGGUCA